CGUCCAUUCGCAACGGAAACGACGCCGCUGCCAUGAGGACCACCGUUUUAGGAGCUGGGUGCGCGUGCAAACGUUGUCAAGAUGACGCAGAUUUUUCGAGGGAAGCAUGUGCUACUACCCUCUGGCAGAUUCCUUAGGCCCGGCGGCAGCCUUUCGCGAUACAGCGCGCCGAGACUGACAGCGUUCGAGCCCGCCUCGAAGUGCGGACAGUGCAUCUGAGGAACACCAGCCCGAGCUGCAUACGGCGGGACCAGAAAAUGAACGCCCCGCCUGCAGUGAAGGAAAUCGCCGAUGUAUCGCCGCCUUCGGAGGCAAGCGAAGGCGCCGGCCAGAUGACAACCUACUCUGUAGCCUUGGUGAUGGCAACCACCGCCCUCGGUGCCGGACUCCUGCAUUUCCCCGCAGCCUACAAUAUCGCAGGAGGCAUCUGCAUGGCCACGAUCGUUCAGCUGAUCCUGGUGGUUGCCCUCGGAGGUACUAUUCUGACUUUGGGAUUUUGUGCCGAUGUCAACAAUGACCGCACUUACCACAACGUACUUCACUCUAUGUGUGGAGCGAAAUGGCGCUACGCAUCAGCAGUGUCCGUCUUGUUGACCUGCUAUGGCGUCUGCGUCACGUACCUUAUAGUCAUUGGUGAUCAGUACGACCGCAUAUUCGCUUCGCUUCACGGACCAGACUUCUGCCACACGUGGUACAUGACCCGCGAGUUCACCAUCGCCAUCACUGCUGUCACCAUCGUGCUGCCGCUGAACAUGCUCCAGCACAUGGAGUUCCUGAAGUGCGCCAGCACCCUGGGCUUAGUGGCCGUGCUCUACCCUUGCGUCUUGACGUGCAUGGUGUAUUUCACGGAGCCCCGCCCAGACGACUUGCACAUCAAGGUGUGGCCUACGAACGUAUCUGACGUUCUUCUCAGCACUCCCGUGUUUUGCUUCGCCUACCAGAGCCACGAGGUGGCGAUGUCGGCGUACGCGGCCAUGCGCCAGCGCUCGCUGUGGAACUUGGGUCGGUCGAUCGCCUUCUGCAUGGUCGGCCUCUUCGUCAUCUACUCCACGGUGGGCUGCUUCGGCUACCUGACCUACGGCGCAGCCGUGCGCCCCGAUGUCAUGGAGAUGUUCGACGCCACACGGGCUUGGGUGCUCAUCGGCCUGUUGGCGCUCGUCUUCAAGAUGGCCGUCACCUACCCGCUGCCGGCGCUUUGUGCAAGGGAUGCAAUCGAGGAGCUGUACCUGGAGCUGCGCGGAGGUCCUCCCGAUGACCGGACGCGGACGCAUGCUCGCAAGACGAAGCUCAGCCUCGCUUGGUUUGCCAGCACCGUGGGUAUGGCCAUAUUGCCACUGGACAUCGGUGUGGCCAUCAAGUUCCUUGGAUGCCUGGCCGCGCUCAACGUAUUUGUGUUUCCCGGCAUGUGCCUCCUGGGCUACACCAAGCUGAAAGGUGCCUCGACCACCUACCUGCACUGGCACCUGCUGCUCGGCUCUCUCAUGGUGUUUGCGGGGGCCGUCCUCUUCACAGUUGUUCUGCUACACAUCGUGCUAGUCGAGCUCGUCUCUGGACACGUCAACCAGCUCUGCUCCUGACGGCGCAUCCACAGAUUUCUCUUCUGCGAUAGCUAUGUAUACUGUAAUGAUUUGGCGGUGCGCAUUGCACUGCAAGUUCUCUAUUUAGCAGCCGGUGUGUACCUGAACGUAGAAGACAAGUCGUGCUCGUUUGUCCCCCUUACUCUGUGUGCCGCAAUAAACAUGUUCCGUCGUGCCUUGU